AUGGCAGAUCCACUGAGUAUCACCGCCUCAAUCGUUGGCAUCAUUGGUGUCACGGGCCAGGGUGUCGGGUUGCUAUCAGACACCAUUCAAAAUAUUCGGCAUGCCCCAGAAUCAAUCAGAACAAUACAGACAGGACUCCAUCAGCUGAAGCCGCUACUGUCAAAGCUGGAGCUUGCAAUCACAGAGGAACCCACAGACCUAAUACUUUGCCCGGAGAUCAGGGACGCCCUUGCAGUCUGUAAUCGGGCCUGCACCGAGUUCAGUGUUUCUCUCACCCAUUGGACGCGACACUCCAGCGACGAGAAGACGUCUUUACUUGACAAUGCCAAGAUUGGGAUACUUCGUCAGGGACGAAUACGAUCGCUGAACGAGCAAUUGAAUCAAGGCAUCAAGAUGUUGAAUGUCACACUAGAAACCGCGAGCUAUCUGAAAGUUUGUCGACAGCAGACGAUGCCGAAAGAACUUGGGGAUCAAAUGCUUGUUCUUCUGGAGGGCCGCCUCAAUGGAACAAUCAACAAAGCACGCAAUGACCAAAAUGCCAUGGUCAGUUUGGAAGAGCCAGUUCUGUCGCUCGAAGAGAGCGAUGAUAAACAAGCUCUGCUUGACGAGAUGAAACGACAAAAGACCAUGAUCCAUGCUGUGCAACGAAUCUCUGAAGAAGCCCUCAAAGCUGCUGUAUCCGAACGCACCAAACAGAAAAUCGACGGCGUCAAGGCAAAUAAUCGCAGCAUUGCACUGAGUGGAUUUUUCAAUGUGGGAGUGAGUGAGAGAAAUCGUGAUCAAGACAUAUCGAAUGUAUAUGCAAACGAGCGUAGUAUCUCGAUAGCUGGAGUGGCGAACGAUAUUGAUAUCAAUUCCAUGCAUGCGAGGGUGGCGACAUCACAGAGACCAGAAACCGCUCAGAGCUCCAAUUCGAGACCUCAAACGGUUAUUGACGAGGAAGGUCUUUCCUGGGAAAUCUAG